AUGGGCGACUUUGCAAAAUGGUUCGUGAAAGGUGACAAUGGCUUGAUCCAUGAGUUCGAAAAGUUCAUGGUCGAGCAAAUUGUUUCAGAUGCCUUUGAAAAGUACCAUCGCGAAGAAGAGGAGAGGAUACAAAAGGAAGAGGAGGAGAAAGCGCUCGCGGAGGCUCGAGAGUUCCGUGUUCGCACCCUCUCAGUCAGAUACUUUUACCAGUGGAAGAAGAUUGCCCGAAAUCUUCGUCUGAGCAAAAUUCGUAGGCAUGAGCGAGAGGAGAUGAGGAGGAUACAGAAGGAAAUGCGAGAGGAGGAGACGAAGAAAAGGAAGAAGGCCGCCCGUGUCGCUGAAGCGCGGAGGAAAUUGGUGGAGCAGCAUGGCGUUGAUCCAGUCGAGGAACUCAGAGAGAUCCUGCAACUUAAGAAAGACGACCCGCCAGAAGACCUCCAGGCCGAAGCAGAGGCCCUUUUCGCAACCGGUAUCUUCUCUGGCGUUACAGAUGAGCGUGCCGCAAUCGCUGAAGUCAUCCAAGCUCCUUCAAUCAACGACACAUUCAAGACACCGCCGCCACCGGCCAGAACCACAUCGACAAACAGUCUCUCCAAGUCGGUCUCGGCCAGGCCGGGCGGCGCAAAGACACAGGCUAUUCGUGCGGAAUUCGGCAGCAGUGUAGACUUCCGCAGGUCUUUGCCUCCAAUGUCGGCUCAUUCAGCGUCGUCACGCUAUACACCGUCCGAAGCAUCACCGAAGCGCGUCAGCAAGGUGUCCGAUCGUUGGAGGCUGAAGGCUAUGGGCCUCGUGACGAUGCCCAACGGGUCUGCUCUCCCGGAAGCAAUCGCUGACGAAAUGCGGUACAACGGCAAACGCUACAGUGGCCUCGGCUCCUUCGGUCUGGACAGAGACACCACCGAGCGGAGGAGGAGCGUGUCGGCAGACCUCGACAAAGCGGCCGAGGCUCGUCGGCGCUUCUCGCAGUCUCUUAACAGCAGCAGCGCCGCCGCCGAGCAAAGCAACGGGAACUCCCAGCUUAGUAAGAGGAAGAGGCCCACUGACAGCGCGGCUUCGCCAUCACAGGACGCCCGCGCCAAGAAGCGCCCGUCCAGCAACGCCGAAGUGGAGAGGAUCAUCCGGGAGGCGAGGGAGAACCUUGAAUCGCUGAGGAGUUCGAGGGUGGAUCUCGACGAAGGGACGGAAUGGUUCAGGGAACAGAACGACAUAAUGCAGGCGGAGGAAGCGAGCAGGGCUAGCUCGCCGUGGCCUAAGGGGCGGAACUGA